AUGGCGGCGGAGCUGGAGCGGGUGCGCAUCUCGGCCGCGGAGCUGAGGGGCAGCCUGGCGGCGUUGGGGAGGGCCCCGGGGGGCGGGGGCCGAGAGAGCAUGAAGGAACUGAAGGAGCCCAGGCAUCGUAAAGAUAACCGGCGUCCAGACCUUGAAAUCUACAAGCCUGGCCUCUCCCGGCUUAGGAACAAACACACACUAUUAAAACAGGAAGCCUCAGUGUAUGAAGGGACCAGAUCUGAGGAAUCCAAGGAUGAAACUGCUAGUGACAAAGAUCCUGCUGGUGCUGGAGGGGGAUCUCAGGUCACUGGAGAUCUCAGCAAAGGUGACAGCCAGAAGCAGAAUGGUCCCUCCCAGGGAAAUGGAGAGAUGGAAAGUAAAGCUGUUUUUCAGAGCCAAGAGAAUUUGGAUAAACACUCUGUCUCAGAUGACUGGUGUCCCAGGAUCAUCAGGAGAACCAAGAAGCCGGACCAGCAGAUCUAUCAGCCUGGGAAACGCCUGCAGACCAUUGCCAAGGAGGCAGCUAGCCAGCCAGCCAAUGAUGAAAUUGCCAGUAAGAUGGAACAGCUGAGAGUUGAAGGAGAUGAAGAGACUGAAAGGGACAUUGGGAAAGGCAGCAACAGCAGCAGAACUAAACUUAACAGAGAGGAGAGGGAGGGAAGCCUGACUAGUGAGGGAGUGAAAACCACAAGGGGAGAAAAAGGAAGGCAGGUAGAGCGGGCUGACAGGGUCAGGAAAUCAGGUGAUGACGUGAUCCAGGGGAAGCUGGGAUCUACAAAGCGAUACUCCCGCUCUGACAAACGGAGGAGCCGAUACCGCACCUGUAGCACCAGCUCAGCAGGGAGCAACAACAGCACAGAUGGAGCCCCACUGGCUGAUGGGGGAAAGAAGCGACAGGAGCGGGCCAAAGAGAGAAGCCGUCCUAAAAAACAGCUCUCUGCUUCCUCCACUGACUCUCUGGAAGAUGACAAAAUUGGGGAGACAGAAGCAUUUGGCGCCAGCAGGAAUUCAGAGAGAAAGCACCCAGAGCAGAGCCGGGCUAAAAGUGAGAGUGAGUGGAGCAGCAAUGGGAAGGAGGUCAAGGGAGCCCCGCGCGUCACUUUCGAUAAUAGGUCUGUGAACAGAGACAUCCCUGUGGCACACAUGGACAAGAAAAAGCCUCCAAAGGCUUUUAAUGUAAGUGACACCAUAGAGGCUGUGGAGGUGAAGGGCAGGGAGCCUCAGGGGAGAGGCCGUGGGAUUCUCAUCCUGCCUGCCAACACAGACCUCUCUGCCAGUGCUGCAGGCUCUCCUGAAUCUACUCAGCCUGGGCCCAGGCUCCUGCUUGGUAGUGGCGGCAGCAAGGGGCCCAGAGGCCGGGGCCGUGGAGGCACUAUGCGCAGGUUGUGGGAUCCAAACAACCCGGACCAAAAACCUGCUCUGAAGAGCCAGACCUCACAGCUUCAUUUUCUAGAUACUGAUGAUGAAGUGAGUCCCACUUCCUGGGGGGAUGCACGCCAGUCACAGGCCUCCUACUACAAAUUUCAGAAUUCUGACAACCCCUAUUAUUACCCAAGUCCAAAAGGCCAAAGUCCUCAGUAUCCUUAUGGAGGGUAUUCUUUGCCAUAUCAGAUGGGCCCCAAUAACAGUGUUUACCCAGGAGCUUACUACCCCGGAUAUCCAGGCCAGUCAGGGCAGUAUGUCUGCAGCCCCCUCCCCUCUGCCCCUUUGAGUGCUGAGAUGGAACAGCAGAUGAGGAACAUACAGCAGCAGGAGCUCAGCAAACUCCUCCGAGAGGCUGGGAACCAGGAACAGCAGCUCAGCAACCUGCUUUCCAGAGACCGCAUCAGCCCUGAGGGUCUUGAGAAGAUGGCACAACUGAGAGCAGAGAUGCUGCAACUGUAUGAACGAUGCAUCCUCAUGGAUAUCGAGUUCUCCGAUAACCAGAAUGUGGAUCAGCUGCUCUGGAAGAACGCCUUCUAUCAGGUGAUUGAGAAAUUCCGGCAGCUCCUCAAGGAUCCGCUAGGGGAGAAUGGGCAGGAAAUUCGGAACAAACUGCUUCAGCUCCUCGAUGAGGGCACUAUUUUCUUUGACAAUUUGCUUCAGAAGCUGCAGGUGUCAUACCAGUUCAAACUGGAGGAUUAUAUGGAUGGGAUGGCCAUUCGCAGCAAGCCCUUGCGGAAGAUGGUGAAGUACGCACUGAUCAGUGCCCAGAGGUGUAUGAUUUGCCAAGGGGACAUUUGCCGGUACAGGGAGCAAGCGAACGACACAGCAAACUAUGGGAAAGCACGCAGUUGGUAUCUGAAGGCUCAGCACAUUGCCCCCAAAAAUGGCCGUCCAUAUAAUCAGUUGGCUCUGCUGGCUAUCUACACGAGGAGGAAGCUGGAUGCUGUGUACUAUUACAUGCGCAGCCUGGCUGCCAGCAACCCCAUCCUCACAGCCAAGGAGAGCCUCAUGAGCCUGUUUGAAGAGACAAAACGCAAGGCUGAGCAGAUGGAACAAAAGCAGCAUCAGGUGCUGGAAUUGAGCCCCAGCCGAUGGGGGAAGGGCAAGAAGUCCACAUUCCGACAAGUUGGAGACGACGCCACUCGGCUGGAGAUCUGGAUUCAUCCCUCCCACCCCCGCUGCUCCCAUGGCCAUGAAUCCGGCAGGGAGUCUGAGCAGGACAACGGGCUUGGGAACCUCAGCCCCAGUGAUCUGAACAAAAGGUUCAUCCUCAGUUUUCUCCAUGCCCAUGGGAAGCUGUUUACCAGGAUUGGGAUGGAGACGUUCCCGUCAGUGACAGAGGAGGUGCUGAGGGAGUUCCAGGUGCUGCUGAAGCACAGCCCUCCUCCCAUCGGAAGCACCCGCAUGCUGCAGCUCAUGGCUAUCAACAUGUUUGCGGUGUACAACUCCCAGCCCAAAGAGUGCCUCUCGGAGGACUGUCGCUCAGUGCUCCAGGAACAGGCCACGGCGCUGGGACUCUGCAUGUUCGCCCUGCUGGUGAGGCGCUGCACCAGCUUACUGAAGGAGUCCGUCCGAGCUUGGUCCCAGGAAGCAGAGCAGGAUGAGGAGGAUGAUAUCAAGGUCUCCGCCUUGCCCCAGGAUCUGAAAGAGCUCCUCCCCAGCGUGAAAGUCUGGUCGGACUGGAUGCUUGGCCACUCGGACACCUGGAACCCCCCUCCCACCUCCCUCGAGUUGCCCAAACAGGUCUCAGUGGAUGUGUGGGCGACACUGGCCGACUUCUGUAACAUACUGACCACAGUGAAUCAGUCGGAGGUGCCGUUGUACAAGGACCCCGAUGAUGACCUUUCCCUGCUCAGCCUGGAAGAGGAUCGGCUCCUUUCGGGCUUUGUCCCCCUGCUGGUCGCCCCCCAGGAGCCCUGCUACGUGGAGAAAACCUCGGACAAGGUUAUUGCAGCUGACUGCAAGAGGGUCACAGUUCUGAAGUAUUUCCUGGAAGCCCUUUGUGGACAAGAAGAGCCUUUGCUGGCAUUCAAGGGUGGAAAAUAUGUGUCAGUGGCACCCGUCCCAGACGCCAUGGGAAAGGAAAUGGGAAGCCAAGAGGGAAAACAACUGGAAGAUCAGAAGGAGGAUGACUUGAGGAUUGAGGCGUUUGAAGAUGAUUCUGAGGCUGACGUCAGUGGAGAAGAGUUUGACAUCAGGGAACUCAGAGCCAGGAAGCAAGCGCUGGCCAGGAAAGUAGCUGAGCAGCAGCGUCGUCGGGACAAGAUUCAGGCUGUGCUGAAGGAUCAGAGCCAGAUGCGGCAGAUGGAGCUGGAGAUCAGACCUGUCUUCCUGGUGCCAGACACCAACGGCUUCAUCGACCACCUGAAUAGCCUGAAGAAGCUGCUGGAGUGGCGGAAGUUCAUCUUGGUGGUGCCCCUGAUUGUGAUCAAUGAGCUGGAUGGCCUGGCCAAGGGCCCGGAACUGGAGCAUCGGGCUGGGGGCCAUGCCCGCCUGCUGCAGGAGAAAGCCAGGAGAUCCAUUGAGUUCCUGGAGGAGCGCUUUGAGAAUCGCGACAACUGCAUGAGGGCUCUGACUAGCCGUGGCAACGAGCUCGAAUCCAUCUCCUUCCGCAGCGAAGACACCACCGGCCAGCAGGGCAACAACGACGACCUGAUUCUGUCCUGCUGUCUCCAUUACUGCAAUGACAAGGCCAAGGACUUCAUGCCCACCAACAAAGAUGAUCCAAUCCGUCUGCUCAGAGAGGUGGUGCUGCUCACGGACGAUCGGAACCUGCGUGUCAAGGCACUGACCCGGAACGUGCCCGUGCGAGACAUUCCCACCUUCCUGAAGUGGGCCCAGGAGGGCUGAGCGGGUGUGACUGAGGAGGAGAUGUCCCCGCGUGAGUGACGCAGCGUGUUGCUGGUGGGAGAAUGGCUUUCAAGGCAGCCCUGCACCACCACCACUGCCUCCCGACCCACCAUUGAACAAUAAACACCACGUCUUCAAAGCCAGCCCCGAAUGGCCAUGCUGCAAAGGGAAGGUCCCUGCUGUGGAUGGGUCGUGCGGAGGCCAGGACUCUGCGGGUUGCCAGGGCCUUUGGGAAGAGUGGGGGGCAGAGCAGGGGGCACUGGUCCCUGGGGAAAGCUUUGGGCUAGCCCCAUUGCCCUUGUCAGCAUCCUUGACUGGAGAGAGCUCCCGUUGGAGGCCAGUGUUCUCCUUGGAGCUGUGCUCUGAGCCGGCCAGAGGAAUGGGAGCCUCCUGUCUGUUAACUGGCUACGGAAAGUGGGAGGGACCUGGCGUUGUGGCAGUUCCUGCUGGCGGUUUCCAGAGGCGCUUGUGUUCCUGCUGGAGCCCUGGCUGCACCCCUGAGACACUGAACGUGGAGGUCAGGGUCUGUCCUGCUCUCUCUGGCCAUUUCGCUCACACCUUGGCUGUUCCUCUCCGCCUGUCUCGAUUCUUUCAUCUGUCCACUUGGCUGGCAGCUCAUUGGAGCCCUAGUUGUGUCCCACGGGAAUAGGGCUGCAGUAGCCCCAUCACUUCCCACCACUGGAGUCUGGGUGGAAAGUAAUGGAUAUUUGGUUCCUUUUCCCCUUUUGAAGAUGCUCUGGUCCCCUCUCCAGCACGGGGGCAGCAGGUCCUGCUCUGAGAACCUCACCACGAGCUUUAGGGUUGUCUAUUGUUCAGGAUCCAUUGCUGCUAAGGAAAAGCAUUAAAUACCCAGGCUGCAUUGUACCUUGAUUGCUCCAUACAUCCUCUGCCCCACAUACCUCCUGAGCCCCCUGCCCCACACACCCUCUGCUCCUCUGCCCCAUAUACCUCCUGAGCCCCCUGCUCUGCUCCUCUGCCCCACAUACCUCCUGAGCCCCCUGCUCUGCUCCCCUGCCCCACACACCCUCUGCCCCAUAUACCUCCUGAGCCCCCUGCUCUGCUCCUCUGGCCCACAUACCUCCUGAGCCCCCUGCUCUGCUCCUCUGGCCCAUAUACCUCCUGAGCCCCCUGCUCUGCUCCUCUGGCCCACACACCCUCUGCUCCUCUGCCCCAUAUACCUCCUGAGCCCCCUGCUCUGCUCCUCUGCCCCAUAUACCUCCUGAGCCCCCUGCUCUGCUCCUCUGCCCCAUAUACCUCCUGAGUCCCCUGCUCUGUUCCCCUGCCCCACACACCCUCUGCUCCUCUGCCCCAUAUACCUCCUGAGCCCCCUGCUCUGCUCCUCUGCCCCAUAUACCUCCUGAGCCCCCUGCUCCUCUCCUCUGCCCCACAUACCUCCUGAGCCCCCUGCUCUGCUCCUCUGCCCCAGAUACCUCCUGGGCCCCCUGCUCUGCUCCCCCCUACGAGAAGCACACCCUUAUCCUGCCCCACACACUCCCUGCCUUGUCAUGCUUGUAACCUGCUCUUAAGGCUUUGCCAUUACAAUAAAUCUCUCCCUUGAGUCCCCCUGAGCUUGUGACAGGCCAGGCUGUGGGGUCCUGAGGGAGCUGCCAGGGGCUGUCUACGGGGCCAGAGGGACACUGACCUGACAAUGGUUCCUGUUUGAGCAGCUUUGCGAGCCCCAGUUGCCCCUUCAGCAUGGAGCCCUUGAGCUGACCCCAUUGCCCCGUCAUCUGCCGCAUUGAGCCUUGUCAGGCAGCGUCGUCAGAGUGGACAGGGUCCCUCGGCGCCGGGCAUUGGUGCAGCUGGGGCUGAGCUCUGUCUCCUCCAUGGAGCCAGGCCCUCCUAGUCAGACAGAGCCCUAGUGGGGCAUCCCAGGGCGCAGAGGCUGAGGGAGCUGUAGUCACCUCCAAGCUCCUGCAGCUAGGCCAGGCCUCUGCAGAACAGCCCAGGGAGCUCUGUGGCCAGGCAGGUACCCAGCACCUUCAGGAAGGCGCAAUGUUGCCCUCUCUAGGGACUUUGCUGUACUCCCAGACCUUCCCCACGCAGGGCCAGCAUCUCUGCAGGAGCCCAGGGUGCGAAGGGCCCUGUGAGGGCAGUGGAUGGAAGCUGGAGACGGAGGCAGCAGGACCGAAGCCAGUGAGGCAAGCGGGGGGAACGAGAAUGCAGCGCUGCCCCUGGCUGCUCAGUCCCAGGGGCGUUGGGGAGGGGACAGUGCUCUCUCUGGCCUCCCUCAGAAGAGCGGGCGGCGGCUGCUUACUGGCAGACGAGGGGGUUUCUCUUGCCACCAGCAGCUCAGAGACCCCUUCCCCAGGGGCUGCCUCACCUGGGACCUUGGCGUGGGACAGGGCUGGGGCAGGGCUGAGCCCCCAGAUGACAGAUGCCAGGGUAGCCUGAGUCCUGCGUGCUCACCAAGCAGUGCUAGCCAGGUGCUUUGCAAAGGGCCUCGCAGCCUCACUCCAGCCCAACUUCCUGUCACAGCUCGCUCCGGGGUGGCUAGGCGACAAGCCCAUGGCCCGAGGUUGGGGCUGUGACACACAGGCAGGAAGGCUGGUAUUGUCCCCACGACAGCUGCCAGGGAGGUCUCCAGGCCAGAGCCUGCCUGCUGGAGCCGCUGCCGCCUGCUACUGGACACCCAACCCAGGACCUUAGGACUAAACUGUGCCAAGCGGAGCCUGCUGGCAGGAUCUGUGCAAGGAGCUGGGGCAGGCGACGUUCGCCCAUUGACUUUUCCUCAAACCGUGCUGUGUUUGAAACGUUUGUUCUGACGAACCUGCUGAACUCUGCCAUUGAGCGGCCGCGGCGUCAGGGGAGAGCUGGCCAGUGAAAGGGACAGUCAGCACCAAACCGGACACCCUGUGCCCUCCCCUGGCACCCUGCUAAUGGAAGGAAUUGCCUCCACCAUCUCCCCUGGACGCUGCUGGUGCCAGCUGCUGCUUCUCAGAGUUGUCCGCUGACUGCAGGAACUGCUCUGGGACCUGACUCUACUGAGUGGUGGCAGCAUGAUCCACCGUGGACAUGUGAAUGAGCAGCCAGAGGCAAGGACCUGCUGGAGGCAGCUCCCGCCCUCAUAGGCUCUGGGGUCCUGCUUCCCUCAGAACUGCUGGCUGGGUGCUGGCUUUGCUCCAUCCCUGCCCUUUGGCUCUGGGGUGACUCUGCUCGUUUGCUUCACCUGGUGCCCAAGAGGCUGGGCAGAGCCUGGGCCCCGCCCCUUAGCUGGGGUUGUGUUGCUUUGUUAAGAUGUUUUCUUAAUAAGAUUUUCCUACCAAAUG